GCUGACAGCCAAAAGUAACUGUUGAUUGUUUACCUAAAAUACGUUUUUUAUUUUUAUUUCUAUUCAAGUAUUUAUGUAAGCAAAGUGAAACUAAAGUAGCUAAUAAGUUAUCUAUGUAAAAGUGUUCAUAUAUGUUACAAAAGCAUGGAAAUAUUAACAUAAAAUUUCACAUUUCUGUUGUCUGUUGUGUACUUUGGACUUUGGCUGAUUGUGACUCGCGAUUCGGCAAAUCCAGUGUGUAAACUCGGUAUUGUGGUGUAAAUCUUGUUGAUUAAACUCGACAUGUUUCUGUUGCGGAAACUUGAAGGUUUGCUAAUGAGGACCAAGCAGAAUUCAAGCCAGUUUUUGUCCACCUCCGGUACAAUGAGUAACCCAAUUGUGACCGUGAAAGAAGGCAAACUUAAAGGGGCUACUAAAAAACUGCUAGAUGGGUCAACAUACUACAGUUUCAAAGGGAUCCCAUAUGCCCAGCCUCCUAUUGGAAAAUUAAGGUUUAAGGCACCACUACCUCCUAAACCAUGGGAAGGAAUACACGAAGCCAUAGAGCAUGGAGCCGUUUGUCCUCAAGCAGAUAUCACUACCAUGCAGUUAGUAGAAGGCAGCGAAAACUGUUUGUUCCUCAAUGUGUACUCCAAGUCGCUGCAGCCUGACGCCAAACAACCUGUCAUGGUAUUCAUACACGGUGGAGCCUACAUGUCUGGCUCUGGUGAUACAGACACCCUCGGACCAGAAUUCCUUAUACAACACGAUGUUAUAUUAGUCACGAUCAACUACAGGCUCGAAGUCUUAGGUUUCUUGUGUCUCGACACUGCAGAUGUACCUGGCAACGCCGGCAUGAAGGACCAAGUGGCAGCUUUGCGGUGGGUCCAAAGUAAUAUCGCACAGUUCGGUGGAGACCCUAACAACGUAACUAUAUUCGGAGAAAGCGCUGGUUCCGCGUCCGUCACGCAACACAUGAUAUCUCCUAUGUCUAAGGGACUGUUUCAUAAAGCGAUUGCACAAAGUGGCACCUGUUUGGAAGAUUGGUCAAUAGGCCGCAAAGCUAAAGAGCGCGCAUUCCGCGCUGCUCGAUAUCUAGGAAAUGAAACGGAAAAUGUCGAUGAGCUGCUUGAGUUUCUUCAGGGCGAGCCGGCAACUAAUCUCGCCCACUUGACUAUGAAAACUAGAACGCCUGACGAAAAAUUCCGAGGACUGCCCAUACAUUUCACCCCAGUAGUUGAAAAGCCAUUCGACAAUGUAGAUCGCUUUUUAGACGAAGAGCCAAUCGAUAAAGUUCUCACUAAUAAAAUCCAUAAGGUUCCGUUGAUGAUCGGCUACGUGUCUCACGAGGGGCUGCUCAUGUUGGCUGAUCGGUUAAGAAAAGCGGACUUAUACAAUAAAGAAUCACAUUACUUAGUGCCUAGAGACAUAGCUACGAAAUUAUCUGACGAGAAAAGGAAAGAGUUUGGGGAGCGUAUUCUGCGUUUCUACACUGGUGACAAGGGAAUAUCGAGCGAGACCGCUGAAGCUAUUGUGGACAUGCAAACUGACUUGAACUUCGCCUACAAUACUCAUAGAUUCGCUCAUUACUACUCGGCGACUAACGAGCCAAUCUACCUCUACAGGUUUAGUUUUGAUACCGAACUCAAUUUCAUCAAGUCCAUCGCAGUCGGUCAGUCUCAGGUGGAUAUGAAAGGCGCGUGCCAUGCAGACGACUUAUUCUAUCUGUUUAACAAUGAAAUGAACAAAGAUUUCAUCGAAAAGAAGGAUUACUUGCAGAAAAUUGUUUUUGAUGUGACAAAACUGUGGACUGACUUUGCUAAAACUGGCAACCCAACUCCGGGCGACUCAUCGGUGCGGUGGGCGCCAUACACCAGGGCAGGCAAGGAGUUCCUGGACCUCAACCACUCCAUGACCCCGGGUCACAACCCCGAGGGACCCAGGAUCGACUUCUGGAACAAGCUAUACUGUGACGCCGGCUUGCCUUGCAUCACCAAGAGUACUUUGUGAAGGUACUAUUUGCUCUUAUGUAUUUAGAAAGUAUAUAGAGUAUUUAGUAUUGUAAAAAGUACGUACUUAAUUUGAUUGUGAUAAUAUUAAUGAUGCUCUCGUUGAAUAUUCCAGCAAAGUUAAAUUGGUUAUUAGGAAUGAGUUAACGGUGUAGUGGUUAAGAGUGAUCGAACUACCGAAACUUGAAUUGGUAGUACAACAUGGAAACUGUUGGGCUAUUAAAGAUAUUAUACUGUUUAUUGUACAGUGCAAUUCAGUGCAUACUACGCCGAGAAGAACACAAGUUUAUGUGAAGUUUGUGAAGACAUUAUGCAUAUUAGUUAACCCACUUGUUACGGAGUUCACUUUUUCUAUCACUUACCUUAAAUCAGUCAUCUUUCAAAUGUUGCACAUAAAAAUUGUUUACACUACCCACAUUAGUAAAAAUAUUUAUGUAAAACUAGCGUUUUUUUAAAAGAACGCUAGUAACAAGUGGGGUAAGUUUCUGUAGUAAUGCAUUUAUUAAUAAAUGUUAAAGUAUUUUAUUUAAGUAGAAGUAGUACCAAUGUAAUACAGGGUUUUGGGGGUGGAGUAGAUGAUAGAUAUAAUGCAUGGAAUAUUUAAAAUAAUAGUAAAUAUUAUAAUUAUGAAACAAAAAAAUUAAAUUAAAAAUACCCAAAUUAUUCCUCUUUAUAAUAUUAGUAAAGUAAUAGAUAUGUAUUUUAAAUCCUAGUUUUGACCCCCAGUUGAUUGAAUUUGAUACAAGUUUUGGUACAAUGGCGCCUUCAUGGAAACCAUGUCAAUAUGAAUAAUUAAUUUUAUAAAAGUACCUUUACUUACACGACGCGAAUGCACAAAGGUUAUUUUCACAAAUAGGAAAAGAGUCACCGAUACUCUGCUGUAACAAAAACCUUGACCAAGGGCAUCUUCAAUUUUCGCCUCGCGGGAGGGGCGAUUUAUUUGAUGUUGAGUAUUAUUAUUUCUUCAUUUAUUUUAGGUGGAAAUAUUUUUACUUUAUGUAACGUGUUAUGGGCAAGAAUGAAUGGAGAGAAAAAGGUGUCCCUUUAAUUUUGAUAGUAAUGUGCAGAUAUUUGCAGAUUUGUGAGCAAAAAAACAGUAUUUACAUAAUUUAUUGCGCUUACCUCAGCCUGCCUGAGGUACGGGAGCGGCAUAAGAAGGGUAACAUUGUUGGGAUAUUUAUGAUAUUAUGACAUGACAGAGCAUACAAACCUGAAGUCUCGCUGACGUUUGACCGUCACAAAACACCCUUCUCGUGGCCUUAUAUUCAUAAUAUUAACACGACAAUUAUUAUAAAGUUUGUCUAGUCUCUCAGUCACCAAUUGUUGAUGAAGAUGUUGUUGUAAUGUAUUUUAUUAUCUGUAAUUUAUUUUAUUUAUAUUAUAAUCUAGACAAUUUAAAUAUAGUAGUUUGUUGUAUAUUAUGUAUUAUAAUGAAUAUAGCUGUUGACUAUUUUAUACAAAGAUAUUUUAAACCGAAUUAUAUUAAGAAUGUGAUAUUUACUCAUAAGGACCUACAUUUUGAUAUAUCUACUUUAAAGUAGCUUUUAUGAUUAAUAUAUUUACACAAGUUUUAUAACAUUGACAUAUCAAUAAAAUUAAAAUACAGAAAGUUUGCGUAUUAUUACUUGUAAAACCAUGUAAAAGCAAAUAAAUAUUUCUGAUUUCUGAUUUCUGAUUAUAUUUUAACACACAGUAGGUACACACCGAAACAAGCUUUCAGACAUUGUGAACACAUAUUACAACAUAUUAUUUUUAGAAAACUAUCUACUUCUAAAUUACCUUUAACUACUGACGUGGGGGCCUCUCAGGCCUUGAAAAAGUCAAAUUGUAGAAUUUCUCCCCUCCCACGUGCACAACACACGCGAAUCUUUUAGUACCUUCGAGUUUCAUUGCGCCGAGGCUGUCAACAACUGUGCACCUGAUUGCACGCGCAAUAUCAGUAGGUAAAUUAAUUUUAAAGUUUCUUGUGGGCCUCUCAGGCCCCCACCUCAGUAUUGGCGUAACUUUUUUUGUCUAUAGUUUUCAUUUAGUUGUCGUCUAUUCUUGAAAUAAUUUGAAAAAAUCUAUAAUAUGGAGCCCACAGUACGUCGUCCGAGAGAAAGCGGUAUCUCGGAAGUAAAAAUAACCAGUAUUUAACUAAAAAUAGAAGAAUAGUCGUAUUUGGUACGUAUGUUAGGAAAUGAUAUGCCUGUACCUGUCUAUCAAGAUUUAAACAAUGAAACCAAGUCCCAUACAUGUCUUUUGAAGAUUCAAAUAAAAUCUACAUUUUAAAAACAUGUAGGUAUGGCUUCCUUCACUGAGCAAAGCAAGUUUAUCCAGACUGUGUUUAAUUCGCACUAUUUGAUGUGUGUCAUUUUUUCCCCCUUUUUCAUAUAAUAUUAGGAUUACUGAUAUAUCAUUAGCUAAAAAGACUAUUGAAAAUUAAGAUUCUAAGUUGAUUUGUUGA